CCGCGCCGCGCCGCGCCGGGGCUGGCGGUCUCUGCAGCGGGAGGAGGAGGAAGAGGAGGAAGGAUCCAGGGUGUCUGCGGAGCGCAGGGGGCUGAGGACCACCCGCCUCCCUCUGCGCGGGCGCCUUUGUGUCCCCCAGCCCCGGCGGAGCGAGGGGCCGCGGGCAGGGGAGCGGAUGCGAAGAGCGGCUGGUGCUGGAGGGGAGAGAGAGAAAGGGGGAUGGUGGAAGAUUUCUCUUCUUUUUUAUUUUUUUUUUUUUUGGUGGUCUUUUCGGCAGCGGCUGUUCUUCCCCAGCAGCAGCAGCAGCAGCGGCGGCGGCGGCAGCAGCGGCAGCAGCAGCACAGGCAAUGACUCUGCCGCAUCCGAAUCGCCUGGCCGGUGGCGCCGGCUCCGGAGACAUCACCUUGCUCUGAAGUUGCCCACCUGGAGGAGGUAAAUCGGAGCGGGGCUUUCGUCCAGAGGGGUCGGCGACGGCGAGGAAGAGGAGGGAGUGAUCUCCUCCCCCAUCCCCACACACUCUCGUCCUCCAGGAGGAAGCUUGUGUAGCAGAAGAACACGGCAAAAAAGGAAAGACUUUUACUUCUUUCUAUUUUUUCUUUUUAAUUUUUCUUUGCUUGAGGGACGUCCGUGCUUCUCGUCCGGCCCCCUUUUCCUCCUGGCUGGGGGCUUUGGUACUGUGGCCAGGUCUGCUUCCUUCUCCCACCUCUGGUUUUAAUGGCUGGAUUGUGGCAGCAGCUCCCUGCUGCAGGUUGUUGAGGAUCUGAUGGGGACUCGCAUCUCAGGAGCCGGAGGUGACUAAAGAAAUGCUGAAUACAGUACUCUGCAAAAAAUAACGUGUGGAUUUCUCAAACCUGAAGAACAAGAAAAGGUCUCAGACUCUGGAUACUGGCUGUGGGAUUUUUUUUUUUAAUUAUUAUUAUUAUUAUUGAUUUUUUUUGUCCCUCUUUUUGGAUGUGAAUUGAAGGCCAACAACAGUGAAGUGUUGGAAGCAAGUGCAGGAGGACGCUCACCUUUUUAUUUGAACCCUUGUUUGCUGGGAUACUUUCAAGCUCUCCUUCACAGUCAUGUGGUCAUCACAGCUGCUGUUCUUCACGAUGCUCUUAACACCGUUUGCCCAUGCUUUCAGCCGUGCCCCAGUGCCCAUGGCUGUGGUCCGAAGGGAGCUGUCCUGCGAGAGUUACCCCAUCGAGCUGCGCUGCCCGGGAACAGAUGUUAUCAUGAUCGAAAGUGCCAACUACGGCAGGACCGAUGAUAAAAUCUGUGACUCUGAUCCUGCUCAGAUGGAGAAUAUCCGCUGUUAUCUGCCAGAUGCCUAUAAGAUUAUGACUCAAAGAUGCAGUAAUCGGACCCAGUGUGCGGUUGUUGCCGGCCCUGAUGUGUUUCCAGACCCGUGCCCCGGGACGUACAAGUACCUGGAAGUGCAGUAUGAGUGUGUCCCUUACAUUUUUCUUUGCCCUGGACUGCUGAAAGGAGUUUACCAGAGCGAACACUUAUUCGAGUCUGACCACCAGUCGGGCGCCUGGUGCAAGGACCCUCUGCAGGCCUCUGACAAGAUCUACUACAUGCCCUGGACGCCGUACCGGACAGACACACUGACGGAAUACUCCUCCAAGGACGACUUCAUCGCCGGGAGGCCGACCACCACCUACAAGCUCCCGCACCGGGUGGACGGCACGGGGUUCGUGGUGUACGACGGGGCUUUGUUCUUCAACAAGGAGCGGACCAGGAACAUCGUCAAGUUCGACCUGCGGACCAGGAUAAAGAGCGGGGAGGCGAUCAUCGCCAACGCCAACUACCACGACACCUCUCCCUACCGCUGGGGAGGCAAGUCCGACAUAGACCUGGCCGUGGACGAGAAUGGGCUCUGGGUAAUCUAUGCAACAGAACAGAAUAAUGGCAAAAUUGUCAUUAGCCAGUUGAACCCUUACACGUUAAGGAUCGAAGGGACGUGGGAUACUGCCUAUGACAAGAGGUCAGCCUCUAAUGCCUUCAUGAUCUGUGGGAUUUUAUAUGUGGUGAAGUCUGUGUACGAAGAUGAUGACAAUGAAGCCACAGGGAAUAAAAUAGACUACAUAUAUAACACUGACCAAAGCAAGGAUAGCAUGGUGGAUGUGCCCUUCCCAAACUCCUACCAGUACAUUGCUGCUGUGGAUUAUAAUCCCCGGGACAACCUCCUGUACGUAUGGAACAACUAUCACGUUGUGAAAUACUCCUUGGAUUUUGGCCCGCUGGACAGCAGAGCAGGGCAGGCUCACCACGGGCAGGUUUCCUACAUUGCCCCACCGAUCCACCUGGAUUCGGAUCUGGAGAGACCACCAUCCAAGGGGGUAUCCACCUCGGGGGCUCUGGGCCCGGGGAGCACCACGGCCAGCACCACGCCGCGGGCGGCCACCAGCACCACGGGCCGCACCACCACCACCUCGGCCUCGGGCAGGAGGAACAGGAGCACCAGCACGCCGUCCCCCAUGGCCGAUGUCCCCGAGGAAAUGACCACGCACCUGCCACCCGCCUCCUCCCAGCUGCCGCCCGCCGGGGCGGAGAGCUGCGACCCCGUGGAAGCCCGCGACAUCAUGUGGUCCCGCACUCGGCAGGGCCAGCUGGCAAAGCAGCCCUGUCCCUUGGGCUCCAUAGGUGUUGCAACUUUCCGGUGUCUCUCACCUGACGGUAUCUGGGAACCCCAAGGACCUGAUCUUAGCAACUGCUCUUCACCCUGGAUCAACCACAUCACUCAAAAGAUGAGGUCGGGGGAGAUGGCUGCCAACAUUGCGCGGGAGCUGGCGGAGCACACCAGGAGCCACCUGUACGCCGGGGACAUCGCCUACUCCGUGUCUGCCAUGGUGCAGCUCGUCAACCUGCUGGACGUGCAGCUCCGGAACCUGACUCCCGGCGGGAAGGACAGCGCCGCGCGCAGCCUAAACAAGGCCAUGGUGGAGACGGUGAACAACCUCCUGCAGCCGCAGGCUCUGAACGCAUGGAGGGACCUGAACGCGAGCGAGCAGCAGCGCGCGGCCACCAAGCUGCUGGACACGGUGGAGGACAGUGCCUUCGUGCUGGCUGACAACCUGCUGAAGACAGACAUCGUCCGGGAGAACACCGACAACAUCCAGCUGGAAGUUGCGAGACUAAGCACAGAUGGGAAUCUGGAAGAUCUGAAGUUUCCCCAGAACAUGGGCCAUGGAAGCGCCAUUCAGCUGUCAGCAAAUACCUUGAAGCAAAAUGGUCGAAAUGGUGAGAUCAGGGUGGCUUUUGUGCUGUACAACAACCUGGGCACCUAUCUCUCCACGGAGAAUGCCAGCAUGAAGCUGGGAACAGAGGCAAUGUCGACCAAUCACUCCGUCAUUGUCAACUCCCCUGUCAUCACGGCAGCAAUAAAUAAAGAGUUCAGCAAUAAGGUUUACCUGGCUGAUCCUGUGGUGUUUACUGUCAAGCACAUCAAGCAGUCAGAAGAAAAUUUUAACCCAAACUGUUCAUUCUGGAGCUACACGAAGCGUACGAUGACAGGGUAUUGGUCCACCCAGGGCUGUCGCCUCCUGACAACUAACAAGACACACACCACGUGCUCCUGCAACCACCUCACCAACUUUGCAGUCCUGAUGGCACAUGUGGAAGUUAAGCACAGCGAUGCCGUCCACGACCUGCUCCUGGACUUCAUCACAUGGGUUGGCAUCCUGCUUUCACUUGUCUGCCUCCUGAUCUGCAUCUUCACCUUCUGCUUCUUCCGUGGGCUGCAGAGUGACCGCAACACGAUUCACAAGAACUUGUGCAUCAGCCUCUUCGUGGCAGAGCUCCUCUUCCUCAUCGGCAUCAACCGGACUGACCAGCCGAUUGCCUGCGCCGUCUUUGCUGCCCUCCUGCACUUCUUCUUCCUGGCAGCUUUCACCUGGAUGUUCCUGGAGGGUGUGCAGCUGUACAUCAUGCUGGUGGAGGUUUUUGAGAGCGAGCACUCCCGGAGGAAGUAUUUCUACUUGGUGGGGUAUGGCAUGCCUGCGCUGAUUGUGGCCGUGUCGGCAGCCGUGGACUACCGGAGCUACGGCACGGACAAAGUAUGUUGGCUCCGACUUGACACCUACUUCAUUUGGAGCUUUAUAGGACCAGCGACCUUGAUAAUUAUGCUUAAUGUCAUCUUCCUUGGGAUUGCUCUCUAUAAAAUGUUUCAUCAUACUGCCAUACUGAAACCUGAAUCUGGAUGUCUUGACAAUAUCAAGUCCUGGGUUAUAGGUGCAAUAGCCCUGCUCUGCCUAUUAGGACUGACCUGGGCAUUCGGACUCAUGUAUAUUAAUGAAAGCACAGUCAUCAUGGCGUAUCUCUUCACCAUAUUCAAUUCUCUGCAGGGAAUGUUUAUAUUCAUUUUCCAUUGUGUCCUCCAGAAAAAGGUACGUAAAGAGUACGGGAAAUGCCUGCGCACACAUUGCUGUAGUGGGAAAAGUACAGACAGUUCCAUCGGCUCAGGAAAAACCUCGGGGUCAAGGACACCUGGAAGAUAUUCCACAGGCUCCCAGAGCCGGAUCCGUAGGAUGUGGAAUGACACAGUUCGAAAGCAGUCCGAGUCUUCCUUUAUUACUGGAGAUAUAAACAGUUCAGCUUCACUCAACAGAGAGGGGCUUCUGAACAAUGCCAGGGAUACAAGUGUCACGGAUACUCUACCACUGAAUGGUAAUCACGGCAACAGCUACAGCAUCGCCAGCGGCGAGUACCUCAGCAACUGCGUGCAAAUCCUUGACCGUGGGUACAAUCACACGGAGAAUGCCCUCGAGAAAAAGAUCCUGAAGGAACUCACCUCCAACUACAUCCCUUCCUACCUGAACAACCAUGAGCGCUCCAGCGAGCAGAGCCGCAACUUGAUGAACAAACUCGUCAACAGCGUGGGCGGCGGGAGCGAGGACGAUGCCAUCGUGCUGGAUGACGCCACCUCCUUCACCCACGAGGAGAGCCUGGGCCUGGAGCUCAUCCACGAGGAGUCGGACGCCCCGCUGCUGCCUCCCCGGGUGUACUCGGCAGACAACCACCAGCCCCACCUCUACAGUCGGCGUCGCAUCCCGCAAGACAACAGCGAGAGCUUUUUCCCUUUGCUGACCAACGAGCACACGGACGACCUGCAGUCGCCCAACAGGGAUUCUCUCUACACCAGUAUGCCCGCCCUGGCUGGCAUGCCCAUGACGGAAAGCGUCACCGCCAGCACCCAGACCGAUCCUCCACCAGCGAAAAGCGGCGGUGGCGAUGCCGACGAUGUUUACUACAAAAGCAUGCCCAAUCUUGGCUCCAGGAACCACGUCCAUCAGCUACACACUUACUACCAGCUAGGUCGAGGCAGCAGCGACGGUUUUAUAGUCCCACCAAACAAAGAGGGAACCUCUCCGGACGGCAAUGCAAAAGGACCCGCUCACUUGGUCACUAGUCUAUAGAAGAUUCAGCAAAAAUUAAGCAAAGAGACAACUAAAAGCCUCUCCGUAACACUCGGUUUACUGUUCUGAGUUAAUCCAAACAGUGGUAAUAUUGUGUGUACUCCUAAAUCUUCAUGCUGUUCAAAAGGAAAUUCUCAGACUUUUUUUACUGGAAUUUUUAGGCCGGCCCGGAGAGGACAGUAACUGCUGUGCCCCCCUUAUCUUCCCAUCCUUCUUCCCUCCAGACAGACUUCAUUAUGUUAAUGAAAGAGAUAGAUAACGGCACACUUCGUGGCCUUCUCAAGUUAUGCCGUGUUUGUUUAAACAAUCCUUGAUGCUGUGUUGCUCUUAAGGACCUGAUUUAAGAGGGAAAAAAAAAAAAAAUAAAAGGCCAAAAAUGUGCAUUUGAAACUAAUAGCGAUGACGCAUCUAGGUGGGAGCGCUGCGUAAAACAAGCUAGCAAAACUCUUUCUUACCAAUCCAGAUCACACCAUGGGUUAUGGUCACUCACAGCUUGGUUUCACUGCAGCGCCCUUCGCUGCGGGAGCAAACAAAACGUAAACAAAUUUAAUGAGAUGGAAGGGAAUCCUAGAAUCCUGUGCUAAAGGCAUAUUUUACAUUUUGCUGUAUUAACGGAUGAUAAAAACUAAUGGCAGAAAAAGAGAAGCGAACAAUUUCUAUGUAAUGUACAGAUACUAGCAUUGCACAUAUAGUCUGCUUUCUGUUCCUCCAGAACUUGCGUCCCUGUUAAUGUAGUGGAAAAAAAAAUAAGAACUUUUUUCUGUUGUGCUGGUCUUGUAAGUUUGUCUACCAGUAGGAGCAAGGUUUUUCCAUAACUCUUUCCUUUUUUUUUUUUUUUUUUUAAAUUUUGUUUUGCCUUGUCCACUGCUCCUUCCCUCUGUCCCCUUCCCAUCCCAGUAAAAAAAACUCACUGGGCAAGGAAAAAAAACCCCCAAACAUCACUUUCUAAGGACCAUUUUUAGUAACACCAUCACCAUUUCUUUUCAGCCAAGGCAGUCUUUUAAUUUCCUCGCUGUAUAACCUUUUUCAGCCGGCAUGUUGCCAGCAGACCUUUUGGCAGACUAGAGCAGGGCAAACUUCCUCAUUGUCAGUGCACAACCCGAUCGUGACAAUAAUCCUGUGAAGCAUCUCUGGCCAACAGCCCCUCAGCCAGGCCCUCGGGUCGCAUCCAGGGACUGAGGAGAGGUUUUGUAGUUGUAGUGGGGGUUCUACAGGAGACUGCCAUUUCCCUGGAGGAGCAAAGGGCCUUCUCGGCUCAGUCUGAUCCCCGGUUUAGGCACUUGUACUGCAGUGGUUAAGAAGAAAAUAGAUUGACGCGUAGUGAGCUAAAAAGUACUUUGCGGUGAUUUUUAAUUAAAAAAAGGGAAAAAAAGUCCUCUGUUCAUUAUUUUUCCUAACAGGAAAUUUAUUUAUUUGACUGGAUUUUUAAGUAACAUAGGCUUUCUGGAGGUAAAUUAGCAGCACGGAGUAUGAAUUCUUUUUCCUCUUUUUUUUUUUUUUUUUUUUUUUAAUUUAUGAUCCAUUUUGUACGGUCUCAGCAGUUGAAUGACCUCAUUACUAAUAUUUGUUGUAAAAGUGAAGCUUGUUUGCCAACCAAUAAACAACUGAUCACGAUUUAGAAGAUAUUGUAUGUAUGUACUGUACAAUUAAUUUCUCUUUUUUUGUCGUUGUUGUUCCUCUCUCCAUUAAUGUCUUCAGUAUGAGUUUCUACUCCUUUACAGCAUGGGUGAGCAAUGCCGAAGAAAGGAGGCCUAAGCUGAGAAAUUUAAGCACAAAGGUUAUGCAGCUGUGGCUGACUAGAAAAAUCAGGCUGGUGGUACUUGUUUAGGGACAAGAACAACACUGGUUGACAUUUGUUGCAGGUGAUUCUAGGUCUGUUUUGUGCCUACUGUAUAAAGUAGCCGACGACACACGGAUGAUUUGAGUAUAGUGUUUCACGUGUCAUAUCUUUUAUUCAUUGUAAUUUUUUUUUUCUUUUAUUAAUUUUCUUCUUUUAUUUUUUUUAAUUUGGGUUUUCUGAGAUUAAAAACUGCUGGUAGCAUGUCAAAGAGUAAAACAAGUCCCCCUUAGGCCUUCUC